GCUGCUACUGCCCAACAAAAAUGGCGUAAUGAGAGAUGACGUCGGCGGAGGGGGGUUGAGCGACGCAUACAGUAGCCAAUGGGAUGAGAGAUUCUGCUUGGUUGUAACCAAUGGUGUGACAGCAGUAGGAGGGAUGUGUUUGAUUGACAGCCGCUCGUCCAAUAGUUUUACGCGAAGAGUGCGAUGAAGGGGCUGCACUGCAUCAACACAAAACCGUAAACAAACUCAAUUUGGAAGAAAAUCUGUAAAUUAUGUGAUAAAAUCCCACUUAUGUGUGCAAUAUCAAGCAAAAAAUACUACGCACACAAGUCUAACGCGUUAAACUUCAACUAUUAUGAUGGAAAUUAUAUUUGUUAUAAAGAAAUCUCUGGCUUCUCAUUGGCCCAGCGCUGGUUACUUCUACUUGUCAAUCAAACAAUUCGCGGGAACGACAGCACAAACUAAAAAUGGUUUUUAAAAAUAUCAACUGAAAUUUCGCAUUUUAGGUUAAUAAACGUUUCCCCGAGCUUCUGUGCUCUCACCGAUCAUGGCGUGCCUACAACAAGUUAGGACUUCCCAGGACACGCAACUGUUACCAAACCAGGUGGCAUCUGAGCAGCAGUCCCUCGUUGUUGUCAAAAAACUUUUGGCCAUUGCGGUUUCCGGGAUUACAUACCUGCGCGGAUUAUUCCCAGAAAAAGCCUAUGGGACUAAGCAUGUGGACGACCAGAAAGUGAUGAUUCUCAGAGAGGAGAAAACUUGUCCUGGUGCCAGUCAGAUUGUCCAGUGGAUGCAAGGAUGCUUCGAUGCUAUCCAGAGAAAAUAUCUGCGGACAGUCAUUUUGUCUCUCUACACUGACCCCGACCACCCCCAGAAAGUGACGGAGUUUUACCAAUUCCGAAUCCAGUACACAAAGAGUGGAGCGCAGGUGGACUUUGAAAGCAAAAACAAAAACAAGAUAUCAUCCAUGUCCUGUGGAAACACAAAGAAGGCCAGUAUCCUGCUGGUGAGAAAACUGUACACUCUGAUGCAGAACCUGGGGCCUCUGCCAGAUAAUGUGUGCCUCAACAUGAAGCUGGCCUACUAUGAUGAUGUCACCCCUAAGGACUAUCAGCCCCCGGGUUUCAAAGAGGCUGACGGUGACAUUAUGGAGUUUGAGCAGGAGCCGGUCAGACUGAACAUGGGAGAAGUGGUGACGCCAUAUCACACUCUGAAACUGGACAUGGCCACAGAGAGACAAAGGCUCGAGCAGGUGGAGGAGAGCGUAAACGUGGAGGAAAACUGGAUCGUCAGGAUGGAGGAGGACGAGGCCCCAGCACAGAAGCAUGUGACUGAGGACGAGGAACAGCCAGAGAGCAACUCCCAGGACAACACUGAGAUCCAGAUGAGCUGUCAUGAGAAGAUCCAGUGCACUGAAGUCACAGAGAUGGACACUCUGGUGAAGAGGACCUCCGACAUCGAGGUGGGACUGAAGAGGACCAGGAGUGGACGUAUCAUCUCCUCCACCACCUCCACCUCCUCCACGGUAUCUAAAGUGAACAUGGAACACCUGAGCACUCCAAAGGACAAACUGGCAUUUGAAAUCAUCAACAGCCAGGACACACCUUGCUCCUCUGCCCCCAAGAAGAAACGCAAGUUCAGUGAGCCCAAGGAGCGUUACUGACCACGCACAGCUAUGUUCUACUGAAUAUUUGACAUAUUUUUAAGUACAUUUGUUGAUUGAAGUUUUAUGUUUUUAAGCACACAUUCAUAACACUAA